AUGAGUGUUAACACCACUGGGAUGGUGCCCAGCCUAUCUUACAAGCCGCCAUUUGUAACUGUGGAGCCCCUACAGCCGGCAGCAGCCCAUGAUGUAUACAGCGUUCACGGAUACUCCCCUGAAUUCGACACAAUCCUCUCCGGUGAGAAACGCAGAGGCUACCCCGGCCGCUUGCUGGCGCUAGCUGUCGUCGGUGUGUGCUACAUGGUCGCCGUUCAAAUAGGCAGUAUGGCGCUACUGAAUGGCCUUCCACGCUUUGCACCGCAGCUCUCUUAUAUUGAGACGCAAGAGCUCAGUGUACAGGGUGGCCACGAUUGGCCGUUUGAAGACUCUCAGCUGGGUUUCCACGCAUCUGACCACGCCGGGACGAGUGAGGAAACGGAAACGGCAACAGCUACUGUAGCAACUGACGAUGAGAGCAGCGGAGAUCCAGAUUUAGUGGGUUCUCGUCCUGGCUUAGACAGCACGUCUUCUUUAACGCUUUUCGGCCAUGGGGAAGACACAAUGCCGGAGGGACCGCACUCAUCUAACACUCCAUUGAACUGCCUACAGUCAGAGCUGCUGAAGCUACCCACGGCUGAAGAGGCAGAGGCAGCAAUGCCAGCUUCUGCGAUCGUGGGCAAGAAAUUCCUUGCUGCAUCUCUGCCUCAGGAGGAAGAGGACGAGCUUGAGUUCGAGGAAACCGACGAGAUUGCAGCUGCUGCAGCAGCAGUUGCGAUAACAGUGACAGAAGGAAACAGUGAGCGGCUCAUUGGGGCGUCGGUGGAAAUUGAGGACACGAGGCCGUGUGCAGCUGCGUCGGUUGAACCAGCAGUUUCACGCAAAGCCCUGAAAGUCACCAGGCUUUUGGGGAGGGGCGUGUCCAGCUUGGUGGUGGAGGCUGUGGACGAGAAAGCUGAGCAGACGUUCGCACUUCGGUUUCAGCUACUGCAGCAACUGCAGCUUUCUCGAGAUCAAGCGAUAAGAUUCACCCAAGAGGCUUUUGAGCUUGAGGAGAAAAGCAUAACAGCGGCCAUCGGGGGCGACCCAGCUGAUCUUGUGGCCCAGAAGAAGGGUCUAGCGGUGCCUUUGUAUACGGGGAGGAUCCUGGGGGCUCCCUCGCUAACUCAAUGGGGCGCCUUUCAUGUGUUUUCGCACGUACAGUUGUUUGAGCGGCUCCACGGAAGUGUUCAGGACAUCAUUAGGCGCCGCUGGUGGCUUCCACCACAGUCAAAGCUGUACAUUGCACACCGGUUGCUGCUACAGGUGUUGCACCUGCAAGCUGCGAAAGUGACCCACAAUGACCUACGGCUGGACAACUGUUUUAUGAGAGCUGACGGCUCGUUUCUGCUGGGUGACUUUGGGGUCAGUGUCCCCUUAGGGGAUGCGAUGCACGAGCUAUCGCGAGUGACGAUUAGGUAUGCGGAGCCUCAGCUGCUGCUGGAAUUGAUCAAGCGUCUAGAAUCCGAUACGACUGUGAUGCCGGCUCUCGAGGGAGAUUUGUGGUCCCUAGGUGUUAUUUUAUUCGAAUUGUUUACGAACGGCAAACUUCCUUACGGCUUUUCAGAUAUCCGAUAUGAUAUGGAUUUAAUGCGGGCCAGAGUCGAGGAGCUCUUGAGCCAAGCCGAAGAAGACAGAAGGAGCCUUAAACCUUUGCUGCUGCGCGCUGAAGUGCCACUGAGAUGGCAAGAGUUAAUUGAGAAGCUGCUGGAGCCUAGGAGAGAGCUGAGAAUCUCUUGGACGGAAAUCCUGGCGAGCUUUCCGGAUCUGUUCGAUACCAUGGCGGGGUGA